GCCCAGCCUGGACAAGCGGCAGCCACCUGCCCCGCGCCGCCUCCGUCCGCCCCCGCCGCGGCCCAACUUGGAUGGAGUUGGGGUCCUGAGCGCCUGUCCCCCACAGCCGGCCAGCGGAGAGCACCGCGCCUCCACCUCCGGUCCGGGACCUUCUCUCCACUCCUCUCUGCUCCUGCGAUGGGAAAAGUUGGCGCGGCCGGCGGCUCCCCAGCCCGGCUGAGCGCGCUUCUCGCCGGCGCAGGGCUCUUGGUCCUCUGCGCCCCGGGCGCCUUCGGCGGCGGCUCUUGCUGUCCCCCGCUGCACCCCAGCUCGGCCCAGCGCUGGGCUCCGACCCCAGGGGGCUUUCCUCACCAGGGACCGCGAGGCAGGGCUCCUGCCACGCCCCUGCCCCUCCUUGGGCGCCCCCUGUUCGCAGUGGCCCCGGGAGACCGAGCGCUGUUCCUGGAGCGGGCCCCCGGCACCGGGGCGUCGGUGGCGGUUGCUCCCCGCUCUGGCCGGAGGAGACGGAGUGCAGCGGAUCAGCAGAAGGCAGAACGGGGAGAAGGCACGAGUAGAAGCCCCCGGGGAGUGCUAAGGGACGGAGGGCAGCAGGAGCCUGGGACUCUGGAGCGGGACCCGGACAAAGCCACUCGCUUCCGGAUGGAGGAGCUGAGACUGACCAGCACCACGUUCGCGCUGACAGGCGACUCAGCACACAACCAAGCCAUGGUCCACUGGUCUGGCCACAACAGCAGCGUGAUUCUCAUUUUGACAAAGCUCUAUGACUAUAACCUGGGGAGCAUCACUGAGAGCUCGCUUUGGAGGUCAACUGAUUAUGGGACAACCUAUGAGAAGCUGAAUGAUAAAGUUGGGUUGAAAACAAUUUUGAGCUAUCUCUACGUGUGUCCCACCAACAAGCGUAAGAUUAUGUUACUCACAGACCCGGAGAUUGAGAGUAGCUUAUUGAUCAGCUCAGAUGAAGGGGCAACCUAUCAAAAGUACCGGCUGAACUUUUACCUCCAGAGCUUACUCUUCCACCCCAAGCAAGAGGACUGGAUUCUAGCAUACAGCCAAGACCAGAAGUUAUACAGCUCUGCUGAAUUUGGAAGAAGGUGGCAGCUUAUCCAGGAAGGAGUCGUACCAAACAGGUUCUACUGGUCUGUAAUGGGGUCGAACAAGGAACCAGAUCUUGUGCAUCUAGAGGCCAGAACUGUGGAUGGUCAUUCCCAAUAUCUAACUUGCCGAAUGCAGAACUGCACAGAGGCCAACAGACAUAAACCUUUCCCGGGCUACAUUGAUCCAGACUCUCUGAUUGUCCAGGAUGAUUACGUGUUUGUUCAGCUGACAUCAGGAGGACGGCCACAUUACUACGUGUCCUACCGAAGGAAUGCAUUUGCCCAAAUGAAGCUGCCCAAAUAUGCUUUGCCCAAGGACAUGCAUGUCAUCAGCACAGAUGAGAAUCAAGUGUUUGCAGCGGUCCAAGAAUGGAACCAAAACGACACGUACAACCUCUACAUCUCAGACACCCGUGGUGUCUACUUCACCCUGGCCUUGGAAAAUGUCCAGAGCAGCAGAGGCCCUGAGGGCAACAUCAUGAUCGACCUCUAUGAGGUAGCAGGGAUAAAGGGAAUGUUCUUGGCUAACAAGAAGAUUGACAACCAAGUGAAGACUUUCAUCACAUAUAACAAAGGCAGAGACUGGCGUUUGCUGCAGGCACCAGACAUGGAUCUAAGGGGGGACCCUGUUCAGUGCUUACUGCCCUAUUGCUCACUACACCUUCACCUUAAGGUCUCUGAGAAUCCCUACACAUCGGGGAUCAUUGCCAGCCGAGACACAGCUCCCAGCAUCAUAGUGGCUUCAGGUAAUAUAGGUUCUGAAUUGUCAGAUAGCGACAUCAGCAUGUUUGUCUCUUCAGAUGCAGGGAACACUUGGAGGCAGAUCUUUGAAGAAGAGCACAGUGUUUUGUAUCUGGAUCAAGGUGGAGUCCUGGUUGCUAUGAAGCACACAUCUCUCCCAAUUCGACAUCUCUGGUUGAGUUUUGAUGAAGGGAGAUCUUGGAGCAAAUACAGCUUUACAUCCAUUCCACUUUUUGUGGAUGGGGUUCUGGGAGAGCCUGGGGAAGAGACUCUCAUCAUGACAGUGUUUGGACACUUCAGCCACCGCUCUGAAUGGCAGCUGGUCAAAGUGGACUACAAGUCCAUUUUCGAUAGACGGUGUGCCGAAGAGGACUACAGACCCUGGCAACUGCAUAGCCAGGGGGAAGCAUGCAUCAUGGGAGCAAAAAGGAUAUAUAAGAAGCGUAAAUCAGAGCGGAAAUGUAUGCAAGGAAAAUAUGCAGGAGCUAUGGAAUCUGAACCGUGUGUCUGCACAGAGGCUGAUUUUGACUGUGACUAUGGUUAUGAGCGACACAGCAAUGGUCAGUGCCUCCCAGCAUUUUGGUUCAAUCCAUCUUCUCUGUCGAAGGAUUGCAGCUUGGGGCAGAGUUACCUCAAUAGUACCGGGUAUAGGAAGGUGGUUUCCAAUAACUGUACUGAUGGAGUGAGAGAACAGUACACUGCCAAACCGCAGAAGUGUCCAGGGAAGGCCCCGCGAGGACUCCGGAUCGUCACCGCUGAUGGAAAGUUGACAGCGGAACAAGGGCACAAUGUUACUCUCAUGGUACAAUUGGAAGAGGGUGACGUUCAGAGGACACUCAUCCAAGUGGACUUCGGUGAUGGCAUCGCAGUGUCCUAUGUCAAUCUCAGCUCCAUGGAAGACGGGAUCAAACACGUCUAUCACAAUGUGGGCAUUUUCCGAGUGACCGUGCAGGUGGACAACAGUCUGGGGUCUGACAGCGCCGUCCUGUACUUACAUGUAACUUGUCCCCUGGAGCAUGUACACCUGUCUCUUCCCUUUGUCACCACAAAGAACAAAGAGGUCAACGCAACUGCAGUGCUGUGGCCCAGCCAAGUGGGCACCCUCACUUACGUGUGGUGGUACGGAAACAACACGGAGCCCCUGAUCACCUUGGAGGGAAGCAUAUCAUUCAAGUUUACUUCUGAAGGAAUGAACACCAUCACAGUGCAGGUCUCAGCUGGGAAUGCCAUCCUACAAGACACGAAGACCAUCGCAGUGUAUGAGGAAUUCCGCUCUCUUCGCCUGUCCUUUUCUCCAAACCUGGACGACUACAACCCGGACAUCCCUGAGUGGAGGAGGGACAUCAGCCGAGUCAUCAAAAAGUCCCUGGUGGAAGCCACAGGGGUUCCAGGCCAGCACAUCUUGGUGGCAGUGCUCCCUGGCUUGCCCACUGCUGCCGAGCUCUUUGUCUUGCCCUAUCAGGAUCCAACAGGAGAAAACAAAAGGUCAGCCGAGGACCUGGAGCAGAUAUCAGAACUACUCAUCCACAAGCUCAACCAAAACUCAGUGCACUUUGAGCUGAAGCCUGGGGUCCAAGUCCUUGUCCAUGCAGCCCACUUAACAGCAGCCCCACUGGUGGACCUCACUCCAACCCACAGUGGAUCCGCCAUGCUGAUGCUGCUCUCGGUGGUGUUUGUGGGGCUGGCGGUGUUUGUCAUCUACAAGUUUAAAAGGAAGAUCCCGGGGAUUAAUGUUUAUGCCCAGAUGCAGAAUGAGAAAGAACAAGAGAUGGUCAGUCGAGUCAGUCACACUGAAAGCAGGCCCCAUAUCCCUCAGACUGAACUAAGGAGGCCUGGCCAGCUGAUAGAUGAGAAGGUGGAAUCACAGCUCAUAGGAGAGUAGCUUUACCCUCCCCUCCCUCCCCUUCUACUCAACCUGGUGACUCAUCUCUCCGAUUGCAAAGAGCAAGACACGCCACUCCACCUUCAACGCCAAAGCGGGGAUCUGCUGGGGCACAAUUUGCAAUUUAAGGAAAACCCCCAAAGGCUACAGGCGACCUGCUGAUCAGGAAAGAAUUUCGCUCUUGUCAAGUGCAUCAUCCUUCAUGACCACUAACUUUAUGUUUUUUUUCUUUCCUUUGUUGUUCUGUUUCCUAUUUCGCCAGGAAGUAUUUCCAUAGUUGCUGAGAAUCAAAGCACAAAAGAAAUCCCUACCUAUGUAAAUGUUUGAAUGGAGGACGCCAGUAAAAACAAAAACAAACAAAAAAUAAAAUAAAAACAAUCAAAGUCCAAACAAACAAACAAACACUCACUGCAUCGGGACUUUUUAAUUCUUCAGACACAGACAACAAGGGUUUUUAGCUUUAAGCCUGUGCAUGUGGACAAUACCUUGAGAACAUGCUUGGAGGGCAGUGUACAGGUGCUGUAUUUUACUGGAAAAACACUCCCCUCCCCCUUUCUUCUUCUCUCUCUUUUUUCUGAUCGGUCGUGUUUGUAGAAAAUUCAUAACAUAUAAAAAGCCAAGGAAAUCUGCAUGUAUUUUUGGAAAUAUUCUUGGCUCUAGAUUUAACAGCUAUUUUAGCACUAUAGGCUGGUGGUUGGAUUAGCCACCCCAGCCCCUUUCAUAAGACACAAAGACAUGCACAGGAGUUUGAAACCCUGAGCUGUUUCUCUGUUCCACUUUCCUUGUUGCCAUUUUCCCUUCUGAGUUAUCUUUGGUAGCUCUGUUGGCCAGCAGUGGCCACAAGGCUGCUUUUUCCAUUCUGUGCGGCCACAGGGACAAAAAAGCAAGUUGAAAUUCCAUGUAUGUAGCAGAGUAGUGAAGGAAGGCAGGUGAAGGGCAAGCAUGUCAGAAGAGGACCUUUGUUUCCUGUUCACUCCUUCCCAUCAGGACUGCUACCCCUGGCAGCUUUCCCUACUCCUGCCCC